AUGAGUGAUUUGGAAGCCCUUGGAGUGAAGCUUGUAGACCAGGAUCAUUUGGAACAGAAGAUCACUAGGCAGGCAAAUCAGGCGUUAAUCAGCAAAGAUGUAGAAUUAGAUGAGAAGAGACUUGAGAAGUCAAAUAAAGAACUUGCUAAGAUUCGAAGCAAGAUUAGAGUUUUACAGAGAAGGCUCGAUGAUCUGAGGACUAAACUUCUGCAGAAGAAAGAACUUCGAGAACAAAUCAAGUGGAUGGAGGAAAAUGAGUUGGAUCCAAUAAAGAGAGAUGUCGAUGAGAUUAGCGAGAGGCUAAACGAAAGUAAAGCCCAAGCAAAAGAAGGCAUAAAGAAUGUAAAAAAUAACGUAGUAGACGGAAAGCUACCUGAUGAGACAGAGAGAGAUUACUUGAUAAGGAUAGGGAAGAUCACUGCAUUUGGAAAUGAAAAUGUCUUUCAAGUGAUGGGAGAGCAGGAGACAGGAGGAUCCAUGAGCCAUGUAAAUCUUAGAGCCCCAGGAUUUGCUAAUUUACAUGAUGGGGAUACUAAUAAAAGUGUAGCUGAGAUAGAGGUUAAAGUAGAGGAUGAAGAAGAGGCUUCUAGAAGUAGCGAUAUUGAUGAUGCUGAUGCUGAUAUCCAGGGUGAUGACAUGGAGGAUGAUGACGAAUACCAGGUCAAUGAUGACGGAGAAGACUACAAUACGGACGAGGAAGCGACAGAUAAUAUCAUGGAUGAAAAUGAUAUAAAUUCAGAGCUAGAAGAAGAAGUUGGAUCUGAGCGUAAUGUUGACGAUGGUGACGAGCAAUUUUAUCAGAAAAGGCUCAGUAGAUGGGUAAAGUCGAGAUCUAAAGACCGAAAAGAAAACGAAUCUUCUGAAGCUGAAUGGUUCAAACCGCAUCCAACAAUUUCCGAUGCGAAGUUGAAUGACCAAUUCAGACUUCCUGGUGACAUCUAUCCAUCCUUAUUCGACUAUCAAAAGACUUGCGUUCAAUGGCUUUGGGAACUAUAUUCUCAGAGAAAUGGAGGCAUAAUUGGAGACGAAAUGGGGUUAGGGAAAACAGUACAGGUGAUAUCAUUUAUAGCAGGUUUGCACUAUUCUGGAUUAUUAGAUAAGCCAGUACUAGUAGUUGUACCCGCCACUGUCUUGAAUCAGUGGGUAAAUGAAUUUCAUAGAUGGUGGCCACCAUUACGUUGUAUAAUUCUUCAUAGCAUUGGUUCAGGGAUGUCCGGAAAGGUGCAGAAGAGCUCAGAAGAACAAUUGGAGGAAUAUUUGGAAAAGCUUAGUCCUCUGGAAGGUAAAAAGAAAUUUGGUGGAAUUGGAUCGACGAAUAAAAGAGCAGUAGAACUUAUAGAUAGAGUGUUCACUUCAGGUCAUGUUAUCAUAACAACAUAUGUUGGACUUAGGAUAUAUUCCAGGCAAUUGCUUCCUAGGCUGUGGGGGUACGUGGUGUUAGAUGAAGGUCAUAAAAUAAGAAACCCAGAUCUGGAUAUUUCAUUGACCUGUAAACAAUUAAAGACUCAUAAUAGAAUAAUCCUUUCUGGUACUCCUAUUCAAAACAAUUUAAUAGAAUUAUGGUCAUUAUUUGAUUUCGUGUUCCCUGGGAGAUUGGGUACUUUGCCGGUAUUCCAACAACAAUUCGCCAUACCAAUUAAUAUGGGAGGUUAUGCAAAUGCAUCAAAUGUCCAAGUUCAAACCGGAUAUAAGUGUGCGGUAGUUCUUCGAGAUUUAAUAUCUCCUUAUUUAUUGAGAAGAUUGAAAAGCGAUGUAGCUCAAGAUUUGCCUAAAAAAUCAGAAAUGGUUUUAUUUGUAAAGUUGACUCAAGUUCAACAAGAAAUGUAUGAAAAAUUCAUCCAUAGUGAAGAUUUGAGUGCUAUAUUGAAGGGUAAAAGAAAUAUGUUAAUGGGGGUAGAUAUAUUGAGAAAAAUUUGUAAUCAUCCAGAUUUAGUGGAUCGAGAAUUACUUACAAGGAAAAAGGGUUAUGAUUAUGGUAACCCUGUUAAAUCAGGGAAGAUGUUAGUACUUAAGAAUUUGUUGGAAUUAUGGAAAGAUCAAGGACAUAGAACAUUAUUGUUUUGUCAAACGAAGCAAAUGUUGGACAUUUUACAAAGAUUUGUGAUAGACCUACAAUUAAAUUACUUGAGAAUGGACGGCUCUACCCCUAUCACUAAUAGACAGAAUUUGGUGGACACAUUUAAUGAAGAUAUAAGCUUUCAUGUUUUCCUUUUAACAACCAAAGUUGGAGGGUUGGGAGUCAAUUUAACUGGUGCUGAUAGAGUGAUAAUUUUUGACCCUGAUUGGAAUCCAUCUACUGAUAUUCAGGCCAGAGAAAGAGCAUGGAGGUUAGGACAAAAGAAAGACAUUACGAUUUACAGAUUAAUGACAGCGGGCUCCAUAGAAGAAAAGAUUUAUCAUCGACAAAUAUUCAAGACGUUCUUGACAAAUAAAAUUUUAAAGGACCCGAAGCAAAGAAGGUUUUUCAAAAUGAACGAUUUGCAUGAUCUAUUCUCUUUGGGUGACCCCGACGAAAUUGGGACGGAGACUGGUGAUUUAUUUGAUGGCUCUGAACAAAAUUUCAGUGGAAGCCUUGAACGUAAGUCUGGUAAACUAAUUAAACCAAAGCAUAAGAACGAUGACGAUUUUUAUCAAGUCGCUGGAUUGAAUGGGGUCUCUAAAUUAGACAAAUUUGAAGGCGGAGAUGAUGAGGAAGAUGAAGAAGAUGGAAAAGGUCACGGUAAUGAUGACAGUAGAAUUAUGGAAGGCUUGUUUUCUAAUUCUGGGGUUCAUAGUGCGUUGAUGCACGAUGAAAUCAUGGACUCGUCCAAGCAUGAAUUGUCUAUUGUUGAAAGAGAAGCAAAUAAGGUAGCUGCUCAGGCCGCGGAGGUAUUGAAAGAAUCAAGAAAAUUGGCUCGUAAGAAUAAAAUUGGAAUACCCACUUGGACUGGGAAAUUUGGUUUAGCAGGUAAGUUUGGUAACAACCGAAAUACCGCUUCUAAAAUAGUGAAACCGAAGGUACCACCCGUUCGAACAAUAGCUGGUAGAGAUUCUCGUGCGUCAUCCCCACUCUCGUCUUCUGAUAUUUUAAAUGAGUUGAGACAAAAGAAAGGUAUUGAUAAAUUUUCUUUCUCAAAAGCUACUUCAUCUUCCUCUUUGCCAUUGUCUUCAAGUAUUAUUGAUGAUAAGACAGCCACAUUAAAAAAUAUAACACAGUACUUGAACUCGAAAGUGGAUAAUUUCAGUACAUCUAGGGAACUUAUGAAUGAAUUGAAGUUGCAAAUGAAUGAGCAAAAGGAUAUGAUAGUGGUUAGAUCUAUGUUACGUGAGGUCGCAAAUUGGGAUGCAGGUAGAAAAGGUUGGAUAUUAAAGGAAGAUUUCAAAAAAGAUACUUCAAAUGAUGCAAAUAGUUGA